GGAUAAUCAAUUCAACGGGCCAAUCAGUGAAGACUUUGCUCAAAGAGGCAACGCUUUGAGUUUUGAUUUUGGAAGCUAACGUUAGCCGCCGAAGCUCAGCUACUGGAAGAUGUCGGUCAAGCGGGGGAUUGGCGAUUUAAAGUAUUUAAAGAAGAGGAUUCCACAGAACCCCAAAUAUCAACAUGUAAAAACACGACUUGAUACAGGCUUCAGUCUGACAAAAUAUAUGGAGAGACUAGAGGAGGCCAGGAAAAACUACAGAUAUAGGAAGGAUGAGCUAUUUAAAAGACUUAAAGUGACUACAUUUGCUCAGCUGGUAAUCCAAGUUGCUUCUGUGUCAGAUCAGAAUGACAACAUUAAAGAUGAAAUGCCUGGAUUAGAUGGUAAUGAUAUUUCAAUAUUCUCAGCGUCACCGGGGCUCGAUGGUCUCUCCGAUCAGAUUUAUGGCUCCCCAGAGCCGACACUUCUUAACUCGCAGUGUAUCAACAAUGAGGAAUCCGGCGACACUGGGUUUUCUCCUAGAUCUACACUCCAAAGUGUCAUCAGUGGCGUGGGAGAACUGGAUCUGGACAAGAACGGACAGAAGACCAUCCGACUGUCUCCAGUGUCUACCUCCAACACCACAGAGUGCCCCUUACCUGACUGCCCGUAUCUGUUGCUGGAUGUGCGGGACAGAGACCAGUAUGACCAGUGCCAUAUUAUCAGUGCUUAUAAUUACCCCAUAGCGACCUUAUCAAGGACAAUGAACCCAUACACGAAAGAAGUCCUUGAUUACAAAAAUGCGUCGGGAAAGAUCAUCAUUUUGUAUGAUGAAGAUGAGAGGAUAGCAAGUCAAGCGGCCACCACCAUGUGCGAGAGAGGGUUUGAGAAUCUCUUCAUGUUGUCGGGGGGUUUAAAAGUGGUUUAUCAGAAGUUCCCUGAAGGAAUGACUACAGGCUCCAUUCCCAUCUCCUGUCUGCCAUCACCCACGGGACCUGGAGGUCGUAAGCGAUCUAUGCCACAGCAGACGUCACAGGCAGCAGAAAAAAAGUGGCGGUUCACCUCAGAGGACCUCAGCAGAAUCCAGCAUCACCUAGAGGAGGUGUUCAUACCCAGCGAGCCUGGCAGUCGUCUCAGCAGUAGAUUGUCCACUAGCAGCGCUGGCUCCAAAGCGUCUACAGUUCGGAGCAGUCGACAGGGCUCAUCCAUAGCAGGAUCAGAAAGCGCUCGUUCACGGAGCAGUCGGCCUUGGAAAUAACCUUCCGUUUCACUCUCACCAUUGUCGUCUUCACUUCAAUGCAAAUAAAGCCUUUAUAUUUUACUUUUGCAGGAUUCCUGUGAACAUCUGUGAUGGACACUCUAAACUACUGGCCACAUGCACAUGGUUUAAUUCUCAGAAGUACACUGGAAGAAAUUGAACAUUUUAUUGGUCCUGGUAGUACACCCAAAUAGCACUGUUUUAUUAUUUCAGUUUAUACACAUAUCUUUGCACUUGCUGACUCCAAAUCUAAACUACAUGUUUCAAAUCUGAUUUGCGCAGUCAUCAACUUGUUGGCAUCAAGAACCAUUUAUACUAUAAUGAUGGUACAAGAUGUCUAUGGUUUGACAUCUAGCUGUUUUAAUGCAUAUGUAGGGUUCUUCUCUGUUACAUAAGUAAGCAGGUCUUAGUGGAAGGACUCCACCUCUUGGUGGUCAUUUUAUUUGCUUUAUUUGUGCUAUGACAUGAUCUGUUCAUUGAGCAUGCUGUAUGUUUACUUGCUCAGUAGACACAGUAUGUAUGGCGCAUUCCUUUAGAAGUAUUUUAGAUGUGCUGGAUGUUUUUUAUGCCUUAAAUCUAUAGCUAAUCUGUU